AUGGUGAAUAUUGUCCCUGAUUGUGAAAUUUGUGGAUUCGAGAGUCAAGGAUUCCACUUUGGAGUUGUGGCGUGUCGUGCUUGUUCCGCAUUUUUCAGAAGAACCGCCGUAUGCCCUAAAUGGAGUCUCAAAAAAUGUCAGAAUCCGAAGAAAUGUAAAGAAGGAAAAGGAGGAUAUCAGUGUAAACCAUGCCGUUUAAAGAGAUGUUACGAUGUUGGAAUGGAUACAAAAAAGUUCCAGUUCGACCGUGAUGGUUUGAUUCAAGUGCCAAAGUCAUCCAAGCUUCCAAAAACUUUCGAAAUGUUUGUUGGUCGUCCUGAAUAUGUCUUGUUCUGCACUCCGGGCACAUCAGCUCAAAUCUCCAAUCCAAAAACUCUAAUUGAUGUCAGCUAUCUUGUUGAAAAAGCUUCAAAAGUCUUAUUGGAUGGACCCGUGAAACCACUGAUUGCUCGUGAUCAACUUCAUAAACUUGCGAUUGGAUUCAGUUUUCUGGAGAAUACCUCAACCGAAAUGAAGAAAUUCACGCUUGCCAGAAAAGAGGAUGUCAUGAAGAUUUGGGAAUUCUAUUUCCUUACAGUGGCAAAAUGGUUGACCUACUUUGAUGAGUUUCAAAAGUUGGAUCAUGAAACGAAGAUGCAACUCCUUCUAUCAGUUUGGCAUGUUUGGGGUCGACUAGAUAAGCUGCUGGCAACUGCAGUUAACAGAAGACGUGGGAUUUGUGAAACGAAGAAUUUGUUAACUCUGAGUAAUGGAGUGUUGAUUGAUGUGAAUAAACAAGAAGUUGAUGUGAAAUGGAUGACUAAUUAUAGGGAAGAACAGGUCUUGACAUUCAUCGAUGGCGUUCGGGCUCGAGAGCUGCUCACUGAAAUUGAUCCUCUUGUAAAACUGGAGCCUUCAGAUGUGGAAAGUGCUUAUAUGCUUGCCCAACUUUGUUUUCAUUAUGCUGGAAAACGACAUUCUGGAGAAAUCGAAGAGAUUUGUGAUCAUUUUCAAGAUGUACUUGCUGAAAACUUGCAUAAUUACUACGUGAAUGAGAAGAAAAUGGACAGAUACUCAGGAAGGUUGGCGAAGUUGAUGAAAGUGAAUAGUGCUGUGCAGAAGAACAUCUGGGAGAACCGAUCGAAAAUUGAGUUGUCCAAGACAUUCGACAUGUUGUCAAUUGAGAGUUCUCAUCCAGAAAUGUUUUAUGAUACUGGGUUUUGA